AUGAUGAGAAAUUCCAAAUACAUUUCAUUCAGAGACAGCCUGAAUUUGGAUGGGCGUUCACUCAAACAUAUAAUGGAAAGUCUAAAUUUAACAAUGAUGAGCGCUACAUUUCAAAAUGUGUCUGUUAGAAGACUUCGCGUGGAUGUUCACAGCUACAACUAUACCAGUGUUGAUGCUUGUCUACCAGGAACAAGAGUCCCACAAGCAUUAUACAAGAAUCAGAUUCAGAGAUGGUUGAACCAGAGACAAAUUCUUAUUGGGAAGUCAAGGGUUUCGAAAGGGGCAUGGAUCUAUAUUUUAAGAGACAUGAUGGGCAAGCUGGGAUACAAUGCUCCUAUUCGUCUUCAAUAUAAUCUUACUGAGGAUGACCGGUUUUUCCUAUUAGCCAAUGAUUCUGAUGAAUUCAACCGAUGGGAGGCUGGACAAAUUUUGGCACGAAAAUUGAUGAUCAACUUGGUGGAUGAUUUCCAAAAUAAUAAGUCAUUGGUUUUAAAUUCCAAUUCUGUUGGUGGGUUCAAGCGUAUACUAACUGACUCAAGUCUGGACAAAGAAUUUGUGGCCAAGGCAAUAACUCUGCUGGGCGACAGAGAAAUAAUGGACUUGAUGGAAGUUGCAGACCCUGAUGCUGUUCAUACUGUUCGAUCUUUCAUCAGAAAGCAGCUUGCUAGUGAACUGAAAUCAGAGUUCCUUAGCACUGUAGAAAAUAAUAAGAGUUCAGGAGAAUAUGUGUUUGAUCAUUCAAACAUGUCUAGACGAGCUUUGAAGAAUGUUGCUCUUGCUUAUCUUGCUUCCCUUGAGGAUCAAGAAUUCACUGACCUUGCACUUCAAGAAUACAAAACUGCUACAAAUAUGACUGAACAGUUUACAGCAUUGGCAUCCAUAGCCCAGAACCCUGUUAAAAUUCGUGAUGAUGUUCUUGCUGACUUUUAUGAGAAGUGGCAGAAUGAUUACUUGGUUGUGAACAAAUGGUUUGCUCUUCAAGUUGUGUCUGACAUUCCUGGUAAUGUUGAGAAUGUGCAUAAACUGUUAAGCCACCUAACAUUUGACUUGCACAAUCCCAAUAAAGUGUACUCUCUCAUUGGAGGUUUUUGCGGGCUCCCUGUGCAUUUCCAUGCAAAGGAUGGAUCUGGCUAUGAGUUUAUGGGAGAUAUUGUGCUGCAACUUAACAAAAUAAAUCCUCAGGUUGCAUCAAGAAUGGUGUCAGCAUUCUCAAGAUGGAAACGUUAUGACGAGACCAGACAAAAACUUGCAAAGGCCCAGUUGGAGAAGAUCUUGUCUUCUAAUGGCCUAUCAAAGAAUGUGGUAUAG